AUGUUUAAUAAAUUGCAAUCUACAUCAUUUUUGUUGUUCUGUUCUAACUUUAAAAUGUUAAAAUGUAAUGCUUCGUCGUUGGAUGGGAAAAUGAUGAACAAAGUUAUGGGUCUUAGUCGGAAAGCCAAAAAGGUUUGGUAUAAGCCAAAUGUUGGGGCAAACCCUACAUUUGAAGAGCUCAUGAAACAAACGACAAAAAACAAUGCUGGACGUCAAACAAGCAAGCGUAUAGCCGUUCUKAAUAAGUUAUUAAUGAAAAAUAUAACUGAUUUAAUGGCAACAGGUGAAAACUCUGAUAAACUCAUUGGAUAUGGUCUAGAAAUUUCAAAGGUUUGUAUUGCCGGGGAUUACAGAUCUGUCAAAGUAUUUUGGUUGGCUGGAAAAUCUGAAGACGAUUCUCUGUUAGAUGAAUUAUUGCAAAGUAUAAGCGGUCCACUGAGACAUGAAUUAUCUAUAUUAAGAAUAAUGGGUGAAAUUCCAAGAAUACAGUUUAUUAAAGAUAAAACUUAUGCMAAUAUUGCAGCAGUUGAUCGAUUAUUAAGUAAAGCAGAUUUUGGUGAAGAUUUUGUACCUACUUACGAUGUUUUAUUAAACAAUCACCCUACAAUUUAUACUAAUAUUGAUCCAGAAAUCAAAGAAAAAAUCAAAAAAUUAGAGGACAAAGAAAAUCUAAAAGAARAAAGUAACGAUGAAGUAAUAAUUCCAAAAAUGAAAAUGGAUGUAAUGGGUCUUGAUCAUAAAGCAAUAAUGGACAGAUUGAACAUGGCCAUCUUAAAGUCAAAAGCUGUUCAUCGACAACCUGCUAUGCAUAAUCCUACGAAAAAUACAAUAACAGAACAUACUGAAGAAAAUCAAUAUUUAUCAUUUACUGAUUUUGUGAAAAAAAGAAAAAUUCAAGAAGUCAAAGCUUUAGGUAGAAGGAGGAGUARGUCGAUUGAGAAAGAAAUGUAUGAUAAAGAUAUAUCAUUGAAUUAUGAAGAAGAAGAAGAAGACGACGAUAAAAUUCAUGAAUAUCCAUUUAAAAUUUAAAUCAAUAUACCUAAAUUGUUUUAGUAUUUCUUGUAUUUGUUCAAUGUAUUA